GAGAGAACGGUGCCCGUAACGCCGCUGUUCCCUUUAAGGCUCUGGAAGCUGUGGGGCGGUUUUCUGUCUUUUUUUUAAAAAAAAAAAAAAAAAAACGAAAGUUUUGCGUGUUCGAGGGGCUGCGCUCAGUCACUGCUUGGUUACGUUUGUUCGUAACGGUCCGGUUUUAACUUGCACGGAACGGAAUGAAAAGGGAUCGCUUUGAGGAAGUGUGUAACGUAAGCCGCAGGGAGGCACAGCAGAGGUGUAUGCUUUCCUGGGUGGAAGUUGUUGUUGGUGCAUGGUUUGGCUCUUGUUCCCGAGAGUGCGGAGACCUGUGAGCGCACAAGGAUUGUAGGCUGAAAAGUCUCCCCUCUUCUCGUGUGAAACCCCCUGGGGAAGAGGCUAUGGACAAAACCAUUGGCAAACAGCAGAAACUGGCUUCAGACAAAAUGCUGUCAUACGUAGCAAAUGAAGAGACAGGAAAAAACAUUUCUGUAAUUUUCCAGCUGAGAUAUUACUUGUAAUAAGAGUGGAAGGCACAUUUCCCAAUAGAGGCAUUAGACAGGGCUUACAAAAGAGUAGGACUGCUGAGAUCUGCAGGGAGGGCUAUCAGAGGUUCCAUGCAUCACUCGCUUGUUUCUACAAAUGCUGCCUCAACAUGGGCCGAAAAGAAUCUUACUGGUGUUUAUUAUCAAAAUAGAAAUGUUUUGAUCUGCUCUAGCAAAAUUCCAGCGAAGACAAAUCAUCUUUCACAAACAGAAAGGAAGAGACGUGAUUCAUUCGGGAUGUUUGACGGCUAUGACAGUUGUAGUGAGGACACCAGCAGCAGCUCCAGUUCAGAUGAGAGUGAAGAAGAGGUUUCUCCUUUGCCAUCCAGUCUCCCAAUCAUAAAGAACAAUGGACAGGUCUAUACUUACCCAGAUGGUAAAUCUGGCAUGGCUACGUGCGAGAUGUGUGGAAUGGUUGGUGUCCGUGAUGCCUUUUACUCUAAAACAAAACGUUUCUGCAGUGUAUCAUGCUCUAGAAGCUAUUCAUCCAACUCCAAGAAGGCCAGCAUUCUGGCCAGACUUCAGGUAGCGGGCAAACCUCCAACAAAGAAGGCUAAAGUUCUACAAAAACAGCCACUGGUGGCUAAAUUAGCAGCUUAUGCUCAGUACCAAGCAACUUUACAAAACCAGGCAAAGACUAAAGCAGCAGCUGUCCCCGUGGAAGGCUUCAGCUGGGGUAGCUACAUCAAUAGCAAUAGCUUUACAGCAGCUCCUGUCACUUGUUUUAAGCACGCACCUAUGGGGACGUGCUGGGGUGACAUCUCAGAAGGAGUGCGAGUGGAGGUUCCCAACACGGACUGCAGCCUGCCUACCAAAGUCUUCUGGAUAGCUGGAAUUGUGAAAUUAGCAGGCUACAACGCUCUGCUAAGAUACGAAGGCUUUGAAAAUGAUUCAAACCUUGACUUCUGGUGCAACGUUUGUGGGUCUGAUAUCCACCCAGUUGGUUGGUGUGCAACCAGUGGGAAGCCUUUAGUCCCUCCUCGAACCAUCCAACACAAAUACACAAACUGGAAAGCUUUUCUAGUGAAACGACUUACUGGUGCCAAAACACUUCCUCCGGACUUUUCUCAGAAGGUGUCUGAGAGCAUGCAGUAUCCAUUCAAAACUUGCAUGAGAGUGGAAGUCGUUGACAAAACACACCUGUGUCGAACGAGGGUGGCUGUUGUAGAGAAUGUCAUUGGGGGAAGGUUGAGGUUGGUGUAUGAAGAGAGCGAAGACAAAACGGAUGAUUUCUGGUGCCAUAUGUACAGUCCACUCAUCCACCACAUUGGUUGGUCUCGAAGCAUAGGACACAGGUUCAAAAGAUCUGAUAUUACAAAGAAACAGGAAGGACACUUUGAUGCACCCUCACAUUUAUUUAUGAAGGUGAAAGAGGUUGACACAGCUGGAGAGUGGUUUAAAGAAGGAAUGAAACUGGAAGCUAUAGACCCCUUAAACCUUUCAGCAAUAUGUGUGGCAACUAUUAGGAAGGUUUUAGCAGAUGGCUAUCUUAUGAUUGGGAUUGAUGGCUCAGAAGCAGCAGAUGGGUCUGAUUGGUUUUGUUACCAUGCCACUUCCCCUUCUAUUUUCCCUGUUGGUUUCUGUGAAAUUAACAUGAUUGAACUAACUCCACCCAGAGGUUAUACAAAACUCCCGUUCAAAUGGUUUGACUACCUCAGGGAAACUGACUCAAUAGCAGCACCUGUAAAGCUCUUCAAUAAGGAAGUUCCAAACCAUGGGUUUCAUGUUGGAAUGAAACUGGAGGCCGUUGAUCUGAUGGAACCUCGCUUGGUCUGCGUGGCCACAGUAACUCGCAUUAUCCAUCGUCUGUUGAGGAUACACUUUGAUGGCUGGGAAGAUGAGUACGACCAGUGGGUGGACUGCGAGUCCCCAGACCUCUACCCUGUGGGAUGGUGUCAGCUAACUGGGUAUCAGCUGCAGCCUCCAGCACCACAGUCAUCAAGAGAUAACCAGUCAAGUUCAUCAAAACAGAAGAAAAAGUCAAAAUCACAACAGUACAAAGGACAUAAGAAAAUGACUUCGUUGCAGCUGAAGGAGGAGAUGCUGGAUGGAGAGGAGUACAGCUUCCUGCAAGGAGCGUCUGACCAGGAGAGCAACGGAUCUGCCAGCUUCUACAUAAAGCAAGAACCAUAAAGCAGCAUAAGGAAGCGAGGGGCGCAGGAUUGGUGAUAGGAAAGGAGCCUUUCUCCAAGUCUGACUGGUUUUGUUCCCGCUUUGAUGGUGCAGCGUGGAUGGCUGCACCGGGGGCACUUUGCUAUCUGUAGAUGAGCUAGACUCGGUUCAGAAUUUUUUGGAAGGACGGGGAAACUAUUUUAGUGAAAAAAGAUUUUUUCAAUUUAUUAAAAACGAGAGCGGACACUUUUUGUGUUGCAUUUGAAGCUUUUGCAAGAGUUUUGUAAUAUUUUCAAGUUCAGAUCUAUUGUGCAUUGUUAACAAGAACUGAAAAUCUAAUUUUUUUGUAAGAUUAGAGUUUAAAUAGCACGAUCGUGGGAAGCGUUGGAGGAAGAUGCAGUUGCAAAUACAAAUGAACUGUCACGACAAAUGAACCUUUUUGGUACAAAUUGGGAGAUACUUAAACUCUUGUGAACUGCACUGGUCACACCUCUGUUUGUUUGUUUUUAAUUGUGAAAUAAGGCAUUUGAGCCCUGAUCUGGAGGCACAGAUGGUAUGAGGAGGAUCGCCCUGUAGAGCUCUACUUGGUGAGUAGCCCCAGCUGCAAUGGAGCCAUCACCUGGGGAGAUUUUUUAACUUUUCAAUGUGUUUUUAUUUAGUUUAAAAUGCGUUUUUUUAUAUGAUGCUUUUUAAAUUAAAAUAUAUAGUUCCUUAGGGUCUGAAUCAGUCCCCAGUGAUAUCAGUAGCCUUGUGUUCAUUGGCCGCAGUGGGCACUGGAUUGGGACUGCAGCUCUCUUGUCUCCACGUGGAUAUCUGUUGUCUUGGAACGCUCCAGCAAAUGUUUACAGAGCCCUAUCUCUGCCAAACUGGAACUUCAGAGGAUUCCCUGCUUUGGAAGAUGAGAAAUAACGAUGGAUUUAACCUAGACAGCAACCGGGGCCUCCCUUGGUGGUGGAAGGAACUUCUCUGUAUUCUUCUGAUUGUAUCUUUCCAUUCAGAAAGACCUCGUUUCCUUACCAUCUGAAAAGCUUAUUUCUGAACAUUCAGAACUGAUGUUCCCUGUGGUUUCGGUUGACCUAAAAGGAGCCAGAUGUUCAGCUCUGCACAGCCUGCAGUGUUCCUUUCUUGCUGCAGUGUUGUGAGGUGGAAAUUGAGACUUGAGAACGUUACACGGAUGGCACACAGCGUAGACGUCACUCACCAGCUGGAUGUUUGUUGCCUCGAUCCUUGCGUCUUGCUUCAGAUAUCCCAUUAAUCCCACCUGCUUUCUGUCCAGAUGUUUUAAAGGCAAAAGUUAAGCAGAAGGGUGCAAAUGACUGACUAGUAGCGUAAUACGAAGUAUUUUCACGUGAGCCCUUAAUUAUUUGGAUUUUCCUUCCUUGGUUUUAGACUUUGUAUGUUUUUGUAGAUGGCUUCAUUGAUGGAGUUGAUGAGUGAAAUUAUCAAUCACCCUGCAGAGCUGUGACUGGAAAAAUGUGCAUCAAGAGCUUUAGCUUUUACCAGUAAGGUUCAUUAACUAAACUCUCAGGAAUUAACUGCGUAUGUUCUAUAAGUGCUUCUGGAUCUUAGUAGGUCCCCUUCAGAGCAGUACAGUGAUUAUUUGACUCUUAACCACAAGGUAGGGCUUAGAAAAUUGGUGGUCGAAACAGUUAGCUUCUGUGUUCCUGCAGCCUAAGAAAUGCUUUAAGGACAUCAACCCACAGAGCCCCAGGAGACCAUUUCUGUAUACUGUUGUCCAAACCUAAAAACAGAAAAAAGUGCAUAGAAAGUUGAAAACCAGCAAGUUGGUUCUUUUCUAAAAUAUUGCUCUAACUUUGGGUACAAAGUAUUGGUAAUAUGCACAGGUUUACCUCAUUCUAUGCAAGAGGGGUUAAUUAUGUAAAGUUUUGUAUUUACUACUGGAAUUUAAAAGAAACAAGCUGUCCUGUAUAGCAUAGGAAUGUCUGGAAUUUUCCCUUACCAGUAAAAAUGUCCAUAAUGACCCCUUUUUAACAACAGCUUCGUACAUGGACAGCACCUGGUUACUGGAUUAUAGGUAUCUGGAACUUCAGGUGGUGACUCUUCGGCUCCCUGCAAUAGCCAUAGCAAAGGGACUUUCUCUUGUUUGGUAGGCUUCACAUCCGUCCUCUCGGAGCCUGACCCUCAUGGGGCAUUUCUUCUGAUCACCCUGAGUUGGAGGAGUAGGUUUAGAGACCAUUGUUAAUGAUGUUUUGAACCUUAAUUUUAUUAUUUUUCCUAUGCUCUUCAUUUAUGCUGCCAUAAAAUCCAGUUCUGCAAACAUUGAUUUGAUUUGGUAAGUACAUCGCUGUUGAUUUUAUUCAUGUUUUUUGAUGUGACAACUUCCAAAUUGCCACUGGCAGCUGGAAUGAGUUGGGCACAUCCUUGCUUUCUUCUCUCAUCAGCUGCUUUUCAGUACAGUAGAAAAACAUGCAUUAAUUUGUUUCUUGAUGUGAAAUUUGGGCUAUGAUGGCAAGGGAUGUUGCCAAGCCAGGAAACCUUGGGCUCCCAUGCAUUGCCCAGGUCAGAGCCUGGCUUCCCAGGCAUGGCCGACCUGUGAGCUCAGACUGCUGAGAGGCAAAGAUGGCACUUUGAACGCAUCUCCUGUGCUGGAGAAACGUAGGAAUGGGGUUGGAAGUCUGUCGGUCUUUAAAGUGUUCUUUAAAAACAAGUUUCCUUUGAUCAAACACUACGUGUGAGCUGCCCUGCGUUCUGGUGUGCACGGGACUCUGUCGGAGUUGUGUUGAGGCAGGAGUGACGUUUGUGUCCGUACUCAGAAGAUACCGGCGUUGUUCAUUGUCAGCUGUGCUGGAAUCUGUCCUAAGCAAAGCCGUCAGGGAUUCGGGUCGUUGCCUCGGGAGGUUUCUGGACACCUGAGCAAAUCCACGAGGUGUUCAGAGGAUGAUGUCUCUUUGGCUGUGGGUUGCAGGUCCCUGCUGGAACCCAUGACAUAGGCUUUGCUGUGCAUGGAAGCAUCAGCAGCAGAAUGCUUCUGCUGUCCUUGGCUUUGCUCUGAGCAGCCUGGUGGGCGGAAGGCAGAGCAGUGUCCGAUGCGGAGCUUUUGCUGGGGUCAGGCUGGCAGCAUUUGGCAAAGCAGGACGCCGUGCCGUGCAGCUCCCCUCUGUUGCUGGAACCCUCCUGGUGGUCUUUGAGUUCUGUCAUUUGAACACAGCUCAAACCCUUUCCUUGCUGCACCUGAGGAAGCAAAGGCGGUUAUCAACUCUUUGUUCUACGGAUACUAACACGGGUUUCAGUGUUUGUUUGUUAUUCUUGUUGUUUUAUGUGAUGUGAAUACCCUCUCCUGUCAAUAUUUGUACAAUGGUGCUAAUAUAUUUGGUAACAAUCCUUUAUUGGGAAGGGAUUUUUAAAAACUGUGAUUUAAACUGAAUUUUUCUUCCUUUUAAUUUUCAUAUUUAAAGCCACAGCCAUUUAUACACAUGGGCGUCAGCUCCGGCCCUGGGGAAACGUUGGGGCAGGAAUGGAGGUGAAACAAAUGGGGUUUUUACAUCAUUUCUGUAUGUAUUUGAUAUAUAAAUCAAUAUCUGUACAAAUUUAUCUUUUAUUUUCUUGGUAACUUGUGUGGUCAAUGAGAGAGUAUUUAAGACUUUCUCAUGCAAUGUACAUAAGUGGAAAAAAUGCUUUUGGAGAAAUUAAAUGUUACUUUCAUUUUUAUGAGACCGCAGAUUUUCAGCAUGGAUGUGAAAAGCAUUAAAAUUAUAACUUUGUGUACAAGAUGAAAA